AUGAGCGUUCCUGGAUUUUUAAUGUCGAAUCUGCUCAUGACUUCAUGGAGGACGGCUCCCAAGGGCUGUAAUGGUUAUAUCAGGGCGAGUUCCUCCUGUUUCACUUCGAAUCUACUCCUCGCUAUCCUUCUCCUCGCCGGUGGAAUAUUAGCGAACGUCAGUACAAUCGAGCCAGAUCUUGACGAGCCUCUUCUUGUAGAGCAACGUCCUUUCGAGAUGGUCAACCACCAACUUUACACCACGACUGCGUUGUCGUUACUCACCCCACUCGCUCCCGGGCAUAAUUGGAACGGCACCGGGCAUAGUCUUAAUGGCACCAGCAGCUGCAAGUUAAUCCCUGGUGAUAGCACAUGGCCAGGAGACGGUGACUGGUCAGCCCUGAACGAGACGCUUGGUGGCCGCUUGAUUGCCUCGGUUCCCUUGGCUGCCGUGUGCCACAACGGGCCUUUCAACAUCUACAAUGAGACGAGAUGCGGCGAGGCGAGGGAAGGCUGGGAUAGGCCCGAGACUCACUUCGUCGAACCAGUCGAGUUCAACGCGCCCAUCUUCCAAAACGCCACUUGUGACCCUUUCACCUCCGUAGAUCAAGAGUGUGAGCUCGGCAACUACGUCAGCUACGCUGUCAACCUCACCACCGACACCGCUGCCGACGACGUCAAGGCCGGCCUCGCCUUUGCAACCCAGCACAACCUCCGCGUCGUGAUCAAGAACACAGGCCACGAUUACCUCGGCAAGUCCACCGGCAAGGGUGCCCUCUCCUUUUGGACCCACAACCUCAAGAACAUCUCUAUUAUCGAGGACUACAGCAGUGACGACUACAACGGCCCCGCCGUCAAGAUCGGGGCUGGCGUGCAAGGCUUUGAUGUUUUGGAUUCCCUCAAGGAAUCCGGCUACCUCACGCUCUCUGGCUCGUGCCCCACCGUUGGUUUGGCCGGAGGGUAUACCCAGGGAGGAGGGCACUCUAUUCUCACAAGCAAGUAUGGCCUUUCGGCUGACAACGUCCUCGAGUGGGAGGUUGUGACAGCAAAUGGCACUCUUGUCACCGCCACUCCGAAGGAAAACCAAGACCUGUAUUUUGCUCUUUCUGGUGGCGGCGGCGGGACGUUCGGUGUUGUCAUCAGCAUGACCACCCGCCUAUUCGAGGACAGAAAAGUCGGCGGUGCGAACAACUUUACCUUUGCCGCCGCGUCAGACAAGAAAGAAGAUGUCAACGCCUUUUGGGAUGCUGUCGGCUCACUGCAGAACUUGACCAUUCCGUUUGUUGACGCGGGGAACAGUCUGGUCUAUCUGAUUUAUGCCUGGCCUGACAGGAAGGUCCCCGCGUUGACGACGUAUAGCGUUACUGUUCCUGACUGUGACACGACGGAGUGUGUGGACACGGCGAUGAAGCCUUUUACGGAUGACUUGACGGCGAGGGGGGUGAAGUACGAGUAUUCGGCCAAGGUGUCGGAGACGUUUUUGGAGCAUUACAAUGCUUCGUUUGGGCCGAUUCCGUAUGGCUGGUAUCCGGUCUCGCAGGUGACGGGGGGGAGGUUGUUGCCCAGGGCGGUGGUGUCGGAUGAGGAGAUGGGGAAGAAUCUGACUGCGACGAUGAGGAUGGCUAUCCAGGAGAAGGGGUUCACUUUUGGGUGUGUUGCGUCGAGUGCAAAGGUUGGGUUGAGGGAGGGGGUGGUUUCUUCUGUGAAUCCUGCUUGGAGGAAUGCGAUGGCUUUCUGUCUUGUUGUGGGGAAGUGGGACUACUCGAUUGACAGGGCGGAGAUGAUGAAGAUGCAGAAGGCCUUGACCGAGGUGGUGCAGCCUGCUCUUGAUGCCGCUACGCCGGGGGGUGGGUGUUAUCUCAAUGAGGCCAACUUUGAGCAGGAGGAUUGGCAGGAGCAGUUUUAUGGGUUGGAGAAUUACAAGAAGUUGAGGAAUGUGAAGGAUACGUGGGAUCCUACGGGGGUGUUUUACGCUUUGACUGCUGUGGGUAGUGAGGACUGGGAGCUUGAUGGUGAUGGGAGGGUCUGCAGGAAGCAGUGA